GAUUUCCGCCUCGUUUUUUCGCCGCUGAAUCGCUGAGCCUGGGUUUUCUGUUCGCCUGCGAUUUCGAGUUGAAGCACCAAGAAAUUAGGAAAGUUAAUUGAUACAUAUUUUAGACCGAGAGAGGAAGAGGAAGAUUCGCAAAGAUGAAAACGACAAAGGGAGGUAAGGUGAUGAACCCUACCGACGCGUACCGUAAGGAGCUUCGCAAAAAAGAAUUGAAGCGGAACAAGAAAGAGAGAAAGAAGGUGAGGGAGGUGGGGAUUUUGAAGAAAGAUCCUGAAGCCAUCAGGGAGCAGAUUGAGAAGUUAGAAAUGAUGAAGGCAGAAGGUGCUUUGGACAAAGCAAGAAAACACAAGAAGAGACAGCUAGAAGACACACUUAACCUUGUCCUAAAAAAGAGGAAGGAGUAUGAAGAGAAAAUGAAGGAGAAGGGUGAGACGCCAGUCAUGUUUAGUCAUCUGGGCCCCCCUCGGAGAAGGACAACUGCAGAAGAAGAAGAGAGAGUGAAGCACCCAAAACCUGAAGACUCUGUUUACUAUCAUCCGACACUGAAUCCCUCUGGUGCCCCACCUCCUGGGAAGCCACCCAUGUAUAAAUCAUCAAUAGGACCUAGAAUUCCCCUAUCAGCUGGUUCUUCGGGUACUGCUACGUCGUCUUCAAAAUCAGAGUCAGAGGAUGUUGCGUUAGCUGUACCACCUCCGCCUCCACCCCCUCCUCUGCCUGUUGAUGGUACCGGAGAUGUCUCUGUUGUACCUGCAUCUUUGCCUUUACCACCUCCACCUCCAAUGCCCCCAAAGCCUGCUGAAGAAAAUGUGGGUGCAUCAUUGCCUCCACCACCUUUACCGCCUCCUCCUCCAGGCCCUCCACCUAAAGAACAAGUUACGAUGCGACCACCACUUCCUCCUCCUCCACCCCUCCCCCAAGCUGCACGACCACCUCCACCUGGCACUAGUGAAGGUGAAAAAGAGAGAAAUCUGUCUGUUUUGCCAGAAGAUUCAACAUCGAAGGAAACUGCUCAGGUGUCUCCUAUGCUCCCUCCACCUCCUCCCCCUCCCGGGAUGCCCCCAAAGCCCAUAAAUAAUGAAACUGAGGUUACUCCAUCAGAUUCAGAUGCCAAUAAUCCUCCUAUUACUAAGGAUUUCUCUAAAAUGGUUCCACCGCCACCACCUCCGAGGCCUCCAGUUCCUGGGCCUGCCUUGAUGCCUACUUUACAGCCAGAUGUAUUACCCCCAGGAAUAUCACGUUUUCCGCCACCUCCACCUCCACCUCCUCCGGACAUGCGAGGGCCAUUAUCUACUCCUGGACUUCCUGGCCAAGCAGCAUCUCCAGGAAUGAUGGUCCCUCUGAUUCCAAGGCCACCAUAUGGUCUUCCCCCUGGAGCCCCUCCUAUGAUGAGGCCACCACUUCCGCCUGGUCCUCCCCCGAAGUUGCAGGAAGAUAUUCUUGCUGCGAAUAGACCACCUAUAGCUCAGAAGCCAUCUUAUGUAAAGUCUGCUGCAUCUACUGUUGUGAAGAGGCCACUUGCCCAGCAUACACCUGAGCUUACAGCUAUGGUUCCAGCAUCUGUCCGAGUGAGGAGAGAGACUGCUGCUUUGAAACCAAAACCAAAGCCCUCUCUCUCAACCGUGAUACCAACUCCUAAGCCUGCAGCUCCAGCUGCUGUGAAGCCAGAAUUGGCAAACUCAUCAUCAGGGCCAAAGACACAAAGCAUUGAUGAUUCAUAUUCAGCCUUCCUGGAGGACAUGAAAGCACUUGGUGCGCUUGACAGCUGAUUGCUGACAUUACGAAAGGUGAUUGGGAAACAGAAGGAUGAGGCAUCAUAAAAUCAGGGAUCAGCUGCUUAACACACUAUCACGGUUUGAGCGGAAGAUUUUAUAGUUUGGCACUAGCCUUCUAUCUCUUCCUCCGGUGCUGCCCCAAGUCCUUUUUUCCUUUCUCCAUUGCAGAAGUUGUAAAGUAUUGAACCUUCUUGAGAUCGGCAUAACUGGAGGUCACUUUUCUAGGUUAAACAUUAAAAGUUGUACUAUCAUUGAUGUUCAGAGAAAAAAACAUCAUUUGCUUUUGAAACUUGCAGAAGCAGAUAACUGUGCCCUGUUUCGUGUCAAACUUGUAUUUAGUGUUCAGUGAGGGGACAGUCGCUUUCGCAUCAGAUUAAUUUUGUGGUAGGAAGACGAAGCCGACUCCCUUUCUGAUAAUGCUGUUUGAAGUGGUUUUGGGUACUAAUUUCUGUCAAGAAAGAAGAACCUCUGAUACUCUUUCUUUCAUGUUUUUCACGUUCAUAGCCAAUGAAGUUGGAAAAAGCUGUUAGCUUCGUUAAUCCAUGAUAAUACUUUUCACCGUUGA